UGUUAGAAGGUUAGGAAAAAAAUAAUUGUGAAAUAUUAAAGUUUUUGGAAAUGAAUUACUAAAAUAGUUUCCAUAUUCUGAGGUCUUUUGUGAGUCUCCGAUUCCUUUCUCGUCUCCCUCGCGUCCGUUGCUGUUCUUCUGAGCAACCACCACCGCUCAUCGUCAAAAUGUUCAAGAACACAUUCCAGUCUGGAUUUCUUUCCAUAUUAUACAGCCUUGGGAGCAAACCUUUGCAGAUAUGGGACAAAGAAGUUGUGAAUGGCCAUAUUAAACGACCACAAGAUGAAGACAUACAAUCCAAUGUGCUUGAAAUAAUUGGAUCGAAUAUUCAGUCCACAUUCAUUACGUGCCCGGCAGACCCCGCUGCCACACUUGGUAUAAAACUUCCAUUCUUGGUUAUGAUUGUCAAGAAUCUAAAGAAGUACUUCACAUUUGAGAUUCAAGUUUUGGAUGAUAAGAAUGUCAGACGACGAUUUCGAGCUUCUAAUUUCCAAGGUGUCACUCGAGUAAAGCCCUACAUUUGCACUAUGCCACUGAGAAUGGAUGAGGGUUGGAAUCAAAUCCAGUUUAACCUAGCUGAUUUUACCAAGAGAGCAUAUGGUACUAAUUAUGUGGAGACACUGCGAGUUCAGGUCCAUGCAAACUGUCGCUUGAGAAGGAUAUACUUCUCUGAUCGUCUCUACUCGGAAGAGGAACUCCCACCAGAGUUCAAAUUAUACCUCCCAAUGCAGAAAUCAUGAAAAAAUUAUGGGAGGAUGGAAUUGAAGCCACAAGAUGUUAUUUGAAUGUUAUGUGUAGUUUUGCAUUGCACUAAAAAUUGUAUUCUCUGUAAUGGUAGAACAAGAACUUGUAUUGUUUUUCUGUAAUAUUUAACCUCAAUUUUAUUGAUAAACCUGUGUUUUUAUUGCGUUACCAAAGAAAGAGGGUGGAUAUGUUUUGAAUGCAAAAGAAGAUAUGUGCCUGAUUCUUGGUAAACUGCAAUGCGCACUUCACUAUAAAUGUAAUGAAAUCCUUCACUACAAACAGAAUUUUUCA